AUGGAAAAGAGUCCAAAGUACAAGGAAGAUUAUAUCAAAUUCAUGGACAAUGUCUUUAGAGAUGGUGAUGCAGAAGAAACAAAUGCCACCACAAAGGAAGGCAACACAUGGUACAUUCCGCACCAUGGGGUGUAUCAUCCUAGGAAGCCUGAGAAGAUUAGGGUCGUAUUUGACUGCUCUGCCAAAUGUGAAGGCACCUCUCUGAAUGACCACCUCCUCACAGGACCUGAUCUAACAAAUACUCUGACUGGAGUGCUGUGUAGAUUUCGCCAGCAUCAGAUCGCGAUUAAUUGCGAUGUUGAGAAAAUGUUUCACCGCUUCCACGUAACCCCAGAAGACCGGGAUUUCUUGAGGUUCCUGUGGUGGGAAAAUGGGAACACCGCAAGAGAGCCCAAAGAAUACCGGAUGCGAGUUCACAUAUUUGGAGCGGCAUCAUCGCCUGGAUGUGCUAACUAUGGCAUGAAAUACCUCACCAGCAAAUAUGAGAAUGAUUACCCAUUGGCUGCAGUCUUCAUCCGGAAAAAUUUCUAUGUGGAUGAUGGGCUUAUCAGUGUCGAUUCAGUUCAAAGAGCCAACCAGCUUGUGAAUGAAGCACGGGAAGUCUUUAGUAAAGGACAGCUGCGCUUACACAAAUUUGUCUCUAACAACAGAAAGGUUUUGGAUGCAAUUCCAGAGAGUGAACGGGCAAGUGCAGUGAAGGAUGUGGACCUGAACUACAGCGAGCUUCCAAUGCAGAGUGUGCUGGGAGUGAAGUGGAGCAUAGAGACGGAUGCGUUCUCAUUCAAUGUCGUCCUCAAUGAAAAGGCAGCCACCCGGCGAGGAAUCCUAUCAACGGUAGCUAGUGUAUACGACCCAUUAGGAUUUCUCUCUCCCUACAUCUUGACUGGGAAAAGAGUGCUGCAAGAGAUGUGCAAACGAGGUGUAGGAUGGGAUGAACAUGUUCCCCUUGAACUGAAGCCAAAGUGGGAAACAUGGCUCCAUGACCUGGAAAAUCUUGAGAAAAUUCAAAUACCAAGAUGCUUCAUUCCUGAUCACCUCAGCACAAUACGAAAAAUUGAGCUGCAUCAUUUUUCAGAUGCCAGCAACAAUGGCUAUGGGCAAUGUUCUUAUAUCAGGAUUGUUGCUGAUGAACAAGUACAUUGUGCAUUAGUCAUGGGUAAGGCCAGAGUGGCACCCACAAGGGUGGUCAGCAUUCCACGCCUUGAGCUCACUGCAGCUACAGUCUCUGCCGCUAUGAGUAGUGUCCUUAGAGAAGAGCUGGAGCUGAAGAUAGACCAGGAGUUUUUCUGGACUGAUUCACAGGUGGUGCUCGGGUACAUCAAGAAUGACGCCCGACGCUUUCAUGUUUUUGUAGCAAAUCGCGUCCAGAAAAUAAGAGACACUACUGAUCCUAGUCAGUGGUUAUACGUCGAAACAAGCCAGAAUCCAGCCUACCACGCAUCUAGGGGUCUCAAGGUGGCAGACCUAAUAGAAUCAAAUUGGCUCAGAGGACCAAAGUUCUUAUGGGAACAAGAAAUUGUUUUUAGCCAAAGAUCCCCAGAGCUUCUUGUAGGUGACCCAGAGGUCAAAGUCCUGAAAACAGAUGCUGUUGAAAGAGACAGCUUCCUCCAUAGGCUGUCAAGACUCUCAGAUUGGAAUACAACCCUCAACAUUAUUGCUCGGAUUCAGAGACUGGCACACAAAGACAGGUCUGGACCCAUUAGUGUAGAGGAACGAAGAGGAGCCGCUCUUGUGCUCAUCAGAGCAGCACAAAGAGAAGCCUUUGAAAAGGAGCUGAAAUUGUUUAGUCAGGAAUCCACAAAGCUACCAAAAACUCACAAGAUGUAUCAACUUGACCCUGUCUUUCAGAAUGGAUUGCUCAGGGUUGGUGGCAGGUUGAGAAUGUCCUCCGCAUCAGUUGAGUUGAAACAUCCAGUUAUCCUUCCUAAGGAAGGCAUUGUCACACAGCUUAUACUUGACCACUGUCACAAAAGGACUCCGCACCAAGGCCGAGGUCAAACCUUGAAUGAGCUCAGAGCCAGCGGAUAUUGGAUAAUAAGUGCAAGCAAGGUAGUGGCCAAGCACAUCAAGAGUUGUGUCACUUGCAGAAAGGUGCGUGGACGGACUGAAGAACAGCGAAUGGCAGACUUGCCUGUUGACCGAGUAGAUCCAUCUCCUCCAUUCUUGUACACCGGAAUUGACUGUUUCGGGCCAUUUAACACGAAACAAGGUCGAAAGGAAUUCAAGCGGUAUGGUCUGUUGUUCACAUGUCUAAGCUGCAGGGCCAUCCACUUAGAAAUGUUGGAGGAUCUCACAACAGACGCAUUUUUGAAUGUUUUGAGAUGCUUCAUAGCAAUUAGAGGAGCGGUAAGACAAAUCCGAUCUGACCAAGGUACUAAUUUCCUUGGAGCAAAGAAUGAGUUGGAGAGAGGUCUAAUGGAACUUGACAAGGAAAGGAUUUCAACUUACCUUGCAAGAAAGCAAUGUGACUUCCUGAUGAAUGUGCCUGAAGCAAGCCACAUGGGAGGCAUUUGGGAAUGCCAAAUACGGACGGUUAGGAGCGUGAUGAGUUCUAUUCUGGCACAGGCUAAAGGGAGACUGGAUGACACCUCUUUGAGGACAUUCUUCUAUGAAGCCAUGUCAAUUGUUAACAGUCGUCCACUCACAACAAACAUAAUCAAUGAUCCUAAAGGUGUUGAACCUUUGACACCUAACCAUUUGCUCACAAUGAAGUCCAUUGUGCCCCUCGCGCCUCCAGGCAAAUUUGUCCGGGAAGAUUUGUAUGCCAAGAAGAGGUGGCGUAGAGUGCAGUACCUCUCGGAACAAUUCUGGAGCAGGUGGCGCAAGGAAUACCUGGCCAGCAUAAGCCUCAGACAACAGUGGCAUGUGCCCAGAAGAAAUGUGCAAGUUGGGGAUGUCGUUAUUGUCAAGGAUGACAAUAUUCCCAGAAAUGAGUGGAAGCUAGCC